GUCUCACGUGUGUCUGUCAAGCAGCACAGGAACAACUGCUUGCUAAGGCCAUGUGGUUCUUUGCUACAAUUUUUUCACAAUUGUUAUUUUGGAGUUUUUUGUUUAGCUCCUAAUAGCGGAUACUCAUUGAGCACUGUAACGUUUUAAGAUAUAUGCAGUACCCCAUUAAUUUACGUGGGAUAUAGUACAGAAUUAAUUUCUAAAAAACGAUGGCUGCACCAGCGCAAGGCGAAGACAGUGACGAUACCAUGGAGGAAUUUAUGGAGACGUUUAAAACACAGAAAUACAAAAACGCGUUUAAUGAAAGCAACUGGGAGGAGGAGUUUAAUAAGGUGCCCAUGUUUAUGAAGACAGCCCCAGAAAACAUAGACCCAGAGAAACACCCUGAUCUCGCCUGCAUUCAGUCUAUUAUCCAUGAUGAUGACAGAACACCUGAAGAGAAAGCCAGAGUUCUAAAGGAUGAGGGGAAUGAGUACUUUAUGGAGAAGAAUUAUAAGAAAGCUGUAGUGUCUUACACCGAAGGACUGAAAAAGAACUGUAUGGAUAUUGAACUCAAUGCGAUUUUGUACACCAACCGUGCAGCUGCACAUUUCCAUUUAGGAAAUAUGCGUUCGGCUUUGAAUGAUGCCACAGCUGCAAAGAAACUGAAGCCAGACCACAUUAAAGCCAUAAUCAGAGGUGCACAGUGCUCAAUGGAGCUGCGUAAUUAUGCAGGAGCAUUGCAAUGGUGUGAUGAAGGUCUCAGGCUGCUUCCCACAGACAACAAACUACAGGAGCUGAGAGCCACAGCAGAUAAACAGAAGAGGGAAGCUGACAGAGAUGCCAGAAAGGCAAAGGUUAAAGCGAAGAAGGAGCAGAAUGAGAAAGAAGCAUUGUUAGCUGCCAUUAAGGAGCGUGGCAUUAAACUUCUGAAGACCGAACCCUCUCAAAACAGGGGUUCGGACAGAGAGGAUGAUGAUGGUGAUGGAGGUGCAUCAAGAGCCCUGGCUGAUCUGGAGCUUGAUGGAAUCGGCUCGCAGGAAGCCACAGGAGCUCGUGUUUAUAUGGAUGAGCAGGGAGUCCUUCACUGGCCAGUGCUGUUCCUCUACCCUGAGCACAGCCAGACGGACUUCAUAUCUGCUUUCUGCGAGAACUCCAGCUUCAUGGACCAUUUGGCAGUUAUGUUUGGUGAAGAGCUUCCCCCCUGGGAUUCAGAAAGAAAAUAUCAGCCUCAAAAUCUACAGCUGUUUCUUGAGAAUCCUGAAAAAGGAAACUUUUAUCAAGUUGAUCUUGAAAAGUCACUUCUUAACAUUCUUCAGCACCAAAGGUGCUCUGUGAAGGCAGGGACACCGAGUUUCAUUGUGCUGGUAUCAGGCUCGCCAUUCUCUAAGCAGUUUUUAUCAGAAAAAAAGGUCCAGAGAUUGAAAUGAUGUUCUGCUUGCACCUUAAAAGACUUUAAAUGCCUUGACUAUAAAUCACCCUCCUGCUAUUAAGGACAUUUCUGCUCACCCCACCCCUUGAGAAAACUCAAAAAGAUUGAGGCAGAACUUUGAAGUGGAUUUCUUUUGUGGCAACGUCAAUGAUUCACCUUAAAAGCAUGUACCAUCCCAACCCCCAAUCAGUUUCGAGGGGGAAAAUUUUCAGAUUAUUUUUAGAUAUUGCAGUAUUUAACUCUGCAUUUUUACCAUUGCUCAUGUCGUUCCAAACCGGUAUGACUUAAUUUCUUCAGCGGAACACAAGAAAAUAUUAACAUUUGAGACCUUUGUCUUCCAUUUGUAUUGACAGAAAACAAUGAGACAUUUCUUAAAAUAUCUUUCAUGUACCACAGAAGAAGGUGAGUCAUAUGGUUUUGAAAUGUGAUGAGGGUGAAUAAAUGACAACACAAGUCAUUUUUAGGUGGAGUAUUGCUUUAAGAAAGCUUUCUGUUAUGAUAAAAUAAACUAGACUCAAAGAUGUUAUAGCCUUUCAGACAACAUUAAUAACCAGUGCUGGACUGAUUUAUUGUUUACUGUUUAAUGCAGACCUCAUUUACUGAGCUUUAAUUCAACCACAUAAAACAAUCUGAUUUAAAUAAAAAUAUAUUCAUGAUGAAAUUGAGUUGCCAUAUGGUUCCAAUAAGCCGUACUUUUAUGAUAUUUAUAAUGACAUUUUUUAUUACAAGAGAUAUUAGCACAAUUUAAAUUAGGCUUUUGUUAUUGACAGCAGCAUUCAAGCUGACAUGAACCACACAUUUGUGUAAAACUUGUGUUGUCCAGCGUGAUUUGAGAAUGUUGAGAGGUUCACAUGAUCAAUUUCACAAAUUUGCUUAUUUUAUUAGUGACCCAGAAAUGGUGCAGUAUUUAUUCAAUGUUUUAAUCAAAAGUUUUUAUUUUAUUUUUAAAAUCCUAUUUUAUAAAUGUAAAAAAAAAAAAGUCCCAGGUUUUCAAUGUGGUCUCAGGCUUGUGAACCCCAUAGUACAUCUCCAGGCUUAAACAGUUACUCCUUGUUUAACUGGCUCUU